UCAUUGAGCUGGGAGAAGUUGACCUGAACUGUCCUUCCAACUGUCAAAUUCAUAAUACCCAUUUCUUCGGAACUGACAGACAGAUAAUAAGGAGAGGGCAAGCCUUCAGCUUUUAUGCUCGCUUCCAAAAUCGGGAAUGGGAUGACUCUGUGGACCAGGCCGUUUUCACCGUGGAGACAGGCCUCAGACCCUGUGAAUCAAAUGAGACGAAAUGUACCUUCCCAAUGGGCAGAUGUCUAGAUCAAACCUGCUGGAGUGCUUCCUACAAAAUUCAUCAGCCAAAAUGCAUCAGCAUCAGCGUGUUUCCUCCCUCCAGUGCCUGCAUUGGCCGUUAUAUUCUCAAUAUGCAAAUCACAUCUUGUGGUCACACAUAUCAGCGAUGUCUUGGAGAUUUUUAUGUCCUUUUUAACCCUUGGUGUGCAGAUGACCCUGUAUAUAUGGACAAUCAGGCCCACAGAGAAGAAUAUGUUCUGAAUGAACAUGGGAUACUGUAUGAAGGAGUUCACAAACAUAUUACCUCUCGGCCAUGGCACUACGGACAGUUUGAAGAUGGGAUUCUGGAUAUCUGCUUGAAGAUUCUAGACAUGGGUGCGAGUUACCAUCAUGGCUCUGACCGCGACCAUUGUUGGCGCAAUGAUCCUGUGCAUGUCAGCAUGGUGGUAAAUCACAUGAUAAGCAGCCAUACCACUAGCAGUAUCAUGAAGAUUCCAGAAAACAAUGAUUACCUGAAAGGAACAAAACCAUUUUCCUGGAAUGGAAGCAUCCCUAUUCUUCAGCAGUGGUACAAUGGCAGAUGCAGGCCAGUCAGAUAUGGGUACUGUGGGUCUCUUGCUUCAGUAAUGUGCACAGUGAUGAGAUGUUUGGGAAUUCCAAGCCGUGUUGUCACAAACUUCUGUUUCCCGUGCUCGAUUGAGAAUCCCCUUGGUAUCAAUGAGAUUUUUGACUGUACUGGGAAAAUCCUGUGUGGUAAAGACAAGCUAUGGCGAUACCACUGCUGGAAUGAAUCUUGGAUGGCUCGCAGAGACCUAAAUCAAUGCUGUGGUGACUGGCAGUGUCUGGAUCCAACACCUUUGGAAACGGGCAGAGGUUUAGCUUGCAGUGGUCCUACAUGGGUUCGAAGCAUCAAGGAAGGGGAACUGGACUUAGACUAUGAUGGCCAUCAUAUGUUUUCUCGAGUAAAUUCUAACUAUGUUGGCUGGCUUUCCCAAAACAAUGCCAAAAAAACAAAAUUUUUCUGCGAUGCUUGGCCAUGUGGACAACAUCUAAUCACCAAGUGUGUUGGCAGUGAGCAAUUUGAAGAUAUCACUGGGGCUUACAAGUAUGAACUAGGUUCUGUGAAAAACAAAGAAGCCUAUUACCGGGCCUACAGAAGGAUUCAUCCAGGGUACUGCAAUGCUUCCAACUGUCAUAUUGAGAGAGAGUUAUCAUCUCUGAAAAACCCAUUUUUGAGUGACUCUGGUAUUAACAUGAGGCUAAAAAUGGCUAACUGCCCAAUGUAUGGUGAAGAUGUCCAACUGCACUGGCUGCUUGAAAAUUUGCGUAAUGAGAACAAAAACCUAAAGUUUAAUUUGUGUGCACAAAUAAUAACCUAUAGUGGUUGCCCAAUGGAUCAGUUUUGGAAAGACAGUGUGAACGUCAUGUUGGGUCCAAGGGAAGUGAAAAAAAUUCCACUGUGUAUAUCAUAUAGUCAAUAUGGACCUUAUCUCUGCGAUCACAACAUUAUGAAAGUAGUUGCUGUCUCAGAUCCAGAGUGUGGAGAAGUUCUGAUGGUGAGCAGGGAUAUUGUGAUCAACAGGCCACCUGUUAUUGUAAAG